GUAAGAAAUGACUGAAAGAAGCCGACAAGCUCAGUCUGUAGCUUCGGCUCAACCAAUUCGUAUUCCAAGAAUUGCAAUUGCUCCACCAUCAGCGACUCUCAGUGGAGCGCAUUAUUUAUCUCCCCACGCUUCAACCUUGCCUCGAAGCAAUGAUGUUCUCACUUCUCCAACAUACAUCACGGAUCAUCUACCAUCUCGCCGACUAUCAGAAAUUGAUAGUCCAAUGUAUCUUCCAAAUCUUCUAUCAUCCACAGCUGACAGACCUUUACGGAAUUAUGCUCCAAUAUCUGGAUAUUCAACAACGCCUCUAAGAAUCCGAACUGAUGUAUCAGCUCUUCCAAGAUUCGUAGAUACUAGCACUGAUUAUGGAAAUAUUGGAAGAGAUUACUCAAGAGAUUAUGUUCGUGAAAGACCAAUUACAUCGGAAAAUCCACGAGAUGAUUUUAUCCGACUCUCAGAGUAUCCUGCAACUUCUGCAGUAAUUGGACUUCAACCUCCAAGACUCAUAACUCCAGUUCUGGAUGCUGAUGAAAGUAAAUCCAUGAAUCAACUUGUCCCAGAAACCACAGCUGAUGUGGAUCGUCUUGCACUUUACAACAAUUCAUCUCUCGGAUAUCAACGACUUUGCUUCCUUCUUUCAAGAUAUCCAGCAAUUGCGAUGACUAUAAUUGCCACGUGGAUGUUGUGGGGACGUGGAUUGGGAUUGUCGUCUGUGAAAUCAAAUGAAAAUGUUUGUUAUAUUGUGUCAUUUGUUGCUGGAGCAUUCAUUCUUUCGAGUCAAGUCGUGCUGACAACUGCACACGGGAAUUCUUACAAGAAAGAGAAAAUUCUAGCAAAUCUAUAUCACUUUUCCAACACCGUUGCCAUUCUGAUUUCUAUCACAGUCAUUGUUUUUGCAGCGAUUUCGUUUCAGGAUGUCAAUAAAGUCAACCAUAAAACUGACACCUGUACAUGGAUGAGUGCUCCAUUAAAUCUGGGAGGAAUCCCAGAAUUUUACUGUUUCACUCCACAAGAGAGACAAACAUUCUUGUCGAUUUUGAUUGGAGCAUCUGGGCUUGUCAUUAUUUUAUACAUUUUCAGUGGAAUUUAUGGAUGUGUUGGUCAAUCUCUGAUGAAAAAGAAACGACAGGACGAGUUCAAACAGUACGCUGAAGCGCACGACAACGCCGCCUUCAGAUUCUAAGAAUGCGGAUUGUUAUAUAAAUAUUUAAUUGGA